AUGCUAAAGAAGAAACUAAAGGUAUUGAAUAGGAGUUAUUUCAGCAAUAUUAUUGAAGAAGCUGAUGCAGAUACAAUGGCUUUGGCUACAGCUCAAGCAGAGCUUCAUAGAAAUCCACUGGAUGUUGAGCUACAUCAAGAAGAAAUUCAGAAGUUCCAAAAAUUCAAGAGAUCAUCUUAUUUGGCAGAAAUAUUCCUUCAACAAAGGAGCAAAGCUACUUGGAUUAAGUUGGGAGAUGAUAAUAAUAGAUAUUUCUUCUCAGUGAUAAAGCACAGAAGACUGCAAGAAGCCAUUAUCCAACUUGCUGAUAAGGAGCUACUAGGGACAAAAGGAAGAUACAGGGAUCAUGCCAUUCAGAGCUUUUUGAAGAAUGGUAAAGUACUAUCAACUACUCAACAAUUGCAGUUAGUAAGACCAUACACAGGUCCAGAAGUGAAGAAUGCUAUGUUCAGUAUAAAUGAUACUAAAAGUCUAGGUCCAGAUGGGUAUGGGAAUGGUUUUUAUAAAGCAUGUUGGUUAGUAAUUGGAGAGGAGGUGACCAAGGCAGUGUCGGAAUUUAUUGAUAAUGGGCAAAUACUUACUCAGAUAAAUUCAACUAGUAUAGCUCUUAUACCAAAAGUGAAGAAUCCCUUGCAGGCAAGUCAAUUCAGACCUAUUUCUUGUUGCAAUGUUAUCUACAAAUGUAUUUCUAUGAUCAUUUGUACUAGAUUGAGGAAAGCCAUUCCUAUGAUUGUAGCUGAUAAUCAAGCAACAUUUAUUGAAGGCAGAUCACUUAUACACAAUGUGCUUAUAUGCCAUGAUCUAUUGAGGCAUUAUAACAGGAAGACAACUCCAAGAUGCUUGAUGAAGAUUGACUUAAAGAAAGCAUAUGACAUGGUUAGGUGGGAAUUUCUGGAGGAAGUUCUUAAAGGUUAUGGUUUCCCAAUGCCAUUCAUCUAA